GUAUAGUUUUGUUAUUCUUUCUGACUGGACUCGACAAGUCCUCACCAAUCCUGGGUUUGGAACCGGGUACCCGGUUUUUUUAUGCUAAUUUUUCGUUGGAGGAGGCGCCAAAAUAUCCGAUGGGCCUCACUCCAAAAACGUAAAAGAGGAUAAGAAAACCAACAUUCGUUCUUUCUUCCUCUUCCAUUUUCUCUCCCCCUCCGUCCUUCCUUGAGCUGCUGCUGCUGCUGUCGUCUUCUCCUCCAAACCACCUGCAAAAAUGGCGAUUGGAGCCGCAAGCUGCUGCUGGCUUAACGGAACUACUUCUGUAGAUGUUGCUCGCGCUUCUCUCGUCUCCCACUCUUUUUUCCCUUCGCCGCAUCCUACAUUUCGUGCACUCAUUUCAAUGGCCGCCAAUUGCAAGAGUAAUGGUGAUUCUUCUUCAAGAAGAAGUGCUACUAAUUCUUCCUGUAAUAGGAAUUCUGCUAAAGAGGCAGAUGUUAUUACGCAUAAAUUCUUUUUUGGGAAGCCGAAAGAUAAAAAACAUUCCUUCUAUAGACAUCAUGAUGACAGAAAUAAAGACAUGGGGCGGUCGCAAUCAUCAGGCAUUCAGUCAUUUGUCAUGCAAAGGAAAGACAGGAAAGGCUCUGCCUUCGAAUUGAAGGAGCAGCAGGCUGAGGCAGCAAAUCUUCAGAAUGCAGCUUUUCUGAAUGCUGUUGUAAAGGUGUACUGUACUCAUACUGCACCUGAUUAUUCUCUUCCCUGGCAAAAGCAAAGACAAUAUACUAGUACUGGAAGUGCUUUCAUGAUAGGGGAUGGAAAGCUCUUGACAAAUGCGCAUUGUGUUGAACAUUACACACAGGUGAAAUUGAAGAGGAGAGGAGAUGAUACAAAAUAUGUUGCAAAGGUUUUAGCCAGAGGUAUUGACUGUGACAUAGCUCUGCUUUCUGUGGAAAAUGAGAAGUUUUGGAAAGGAGCUGAGCCACUUCUUUUGGGUCGGCUACCGCAUCUGCAGGAUUCAGUCACUGUUGUAGGAUAUCCCCUUGGAGGAGAUACAAUUUCUGUGACAAAGGGGGUGGUUUCACGAAUAGAGGUUACAUCAUAUGCACAUGGGUCGUCUGAUUUGUUAGGUAUCCAAAUUGAUGCUGCUAUAAAUCCUGGUAAUAGUGGAGGCCCUGCAUUCAAUGACCAAGGGGAGUGCAUUGGUGUGGCAUUUCAGGUACUCAGAUCAGAUGAUACUGAGAACAUAGGAUAUGUGAUUCCAACUACUGUGGUCUCUCAUUUCUUGGAAGACUAUGAGAGGAACGGGAAGUACACAGGUUUCCCUUGCCUUGGUGUAUUGCUGCAGAAGUUGGAGAAUCCAGCUCUACGCUCCUGCUUGAAAGUGACGUCUAAUGAGGGAGUUCUAGUGCGGCGAGUUGAACCCACUUCUGAUGCACAUAAUGUUUUGAAGGAGGGCGACGUGAUUGUGAAUUUUGACGGAGUCCAUGUUGGCUGUGAAGGAACUGUGCCUUUCCGAUCAACUGAGCGUAUUGCAUUCCGCUAUCUCAUUAGUCAGAAAUUUUCAGGUGAUUCUGUAGAGCUUGGCAUCAUUAGGAAUGGGGUUCAUAUGAAAGUUCAGACAAUUUUGAAUCCACGUGUCCAUUUGGUACCAUUCCACAUUGAAGGAGGCCAACCUGCAUAUUUGAUAGUUGCUGGAUUGGUGUUCACCCCACUUUCUGAACCACUUAUAGAAGAGGAAUGUGAAGAAGCUAUGGGGCUGAAACUAGUGGCAAAGGCAAGAUAUUCUUUGGCACGAUUCAAAGGAGAACAAAUUGUGAUCCUAUCACAGGUCUUGGCAAAUGAAGUGAAUAUUGGAUAUGAAGAUAUGGGAAAUCAACAGGUCUUGAAGUUAAAUGGCAAACACAUCAGAAACAUUCAUCAUCUAGCUCAUCUUGUCGAUUCUUGCAAGGAUAAGUAUCUAGUUUUCGAGUUUGAAGAUAAUUACCUUGUUGUAUUGGAGCGAGAAGUAGCUGCAGCUGCCUCAACUUGCAUCCUGAAAGAUUAUGGGAUUCCUUCUGAAAGAUCUUCUGAUCUAAUGGAGCCUUAUUUGGAUAAUUUCACAGAUAAUAGCGCUGUAGAUCAGGAUAUUGGGGAUAGUCCUGUAUCAAACGAGGAAAUCGGAUUCGAUGGGCUUCUUUGGGCAUAAUUAGUUUAUUCUAGGUUCAAGUUUCAGAUAUUAUCCAAUCCCAUAUGCUCUGAUUUUGCCAUAUAUUCAUCAAUUAGAUUUUCCAGUCUUCCAGAGCCCUCUUCCUAUUUUUUGAGAGCACAAGGGCAGAGAGGCAAAGGCGAGGUUAUUUAGAUCAUCCUUGUAAAUUAUUGCUGUAACAUUAUAAUCACCAUAAUAAUAGUAAUAGAAUGCAUUCUUUUUUAGUGGAUUGAUCUACAAUACCAAUACGAUGCAAUGCAUGAGACUGUCACAACAAUGGAGAUAGACGCGGAUCAGAAGACGGAAGCUGCUGUUUCAAGGGAGAAAAAACAGGCUCUUGAAUGUUGUUGUAAUUUGUGCUGUUGUUUUCCUAAGUAGGCUAAGUUUGUAUUCAACGAUAUCAGAUACUAAACUCUACAAGUAGUAAAUGUUCUGAUGUAUACCUUAGAGCUCCUUGUACUGGUCUUAUAGUACCAAUUUUUUGAGCAAGUUCCUUUAAAAAACAA